AUGUGGAGUUGUGAUCUGGACGACUGUGAUAAGCCUUCGGUACGCAAGUACGGAGAAUGCAUCCUUUGCGAUCGCCAUCUCUGCGCCAAGCAUCUUCGCGCCGAAUAUCAUAAAUGCCCUGAAUGGGAGAAUGAGAAAUUAUACGACCCCGCCGCGCGCGAAGCCGAGCGAAGAGAAAUCACAGCCCUGCUUGAUAGAAUCAACAUCUCCGCACUUCUCUCUCGAGCCAGUGUACUGCGCAAUGGCAUGCCAUGUGCUACACCCCAGCCCCUUCAGUAUGACCGGUCACAGCGCUCGUCGGUCAUGGGCGGUAUGAAUUAUCACAUUGAAAUUCGGUUUGACGAUGGAGUUAGCUGGCUCGCCCGCAUUCGAAGAGUCAAUGGCACUUCACCACCAUCUGAUCUGCGAGCUCACAUCAUGCGCAGCGAGGUUGCUACGCUGAUGUUUCUGGGCAAGACCAAAGUUCCCGCGCCAAAGGUAUUUGACUAUAACCUCGACGAGGAAGAAAACCCGGUUGGCGUCGGGUAUAUCCUGAUGGAGAAAAUGAGUGGCCAGUCGCUUCGUUGGUCUAUGCCGUCUGCGGAGCAAAGAAGGAAAGUCAUGAGUCAGCUUGCAGAUAUUUAUUCUGAGCUACAGGCGUUUUCGUUUGAUUCAAUGGGUUCUUUGGAUCAGCCGGGAACCGGACAUAUUGGGUCUUUUGCGCGAGAGUCUUUGACAGACUACAGAGACUCGCAAAUGUUGCCUCUGGGUCCAUUUACUUCUUCCAGGGGAUAUUACAUCGCAAGCAUCCAAUUGACGCUGGAUCUGAUUAUGAGAGAGGAGUGUUUUACUCCACAGGCAAUCGACGCGUACUUGAUACACCGAUUUCUCCUCGACUUGCUUUUGGACAACACAUUCUGUCCCAGCCGUAACGAUGGGCAGUUCUACUUAAGGCAUGCCGAUAAUAAAGGAGAUCACCUUCUUGUUGAUGACGAGUACAACAUCACAGGCAUCGUGGACUGGGAAUGGGCCCAUACAGAUACAAAAUCCGCGGCGUUUAAUUCUCCGAUCAUGCUUCUUCCUGUCGGAGAUUUCUACGAUGGAAAGAACGAGCUGGGCGAGGACGAGCUUGUUUUUGCCCAGUUACUAGAAGAGAAGGGACAAGGAGAACUUGCGCAAAUCGUCAGGGAGGGCCGGGUUCUGCACCGGUUUGAAUUCUGUUGCGGAUACGACCUUGCUGACUGGGAGGGCUUUCUGGGCCUUUUUCAAGGCCUCCGGAGGAUUUUGGAUGUCGAUGGGGAGCUGGACUGGGAAGCUUGGAGAGAGAAGGCCUUGGCCAAGUAUCGGGAUGAUGAUGGGCUGAAAGAGCUGGUGAUCCGCCAUAGAUAA